AGACGCUCGGCUAUUAACGCACACGCGCAGCUCUACCUGCGCAAGAGUCACAUUCCGUCAUCCACCUUCGUGAUUGGCCGCGGUUGCAACUGUUCGAAAUUUAAUGUAGAAAGUGUUUGUGCCAUUUUGUGCCAUUUAAACGCAAAAUGAUAAAGGAUUGAAGGAUGUCGCACGUAGCCUGUCUCCUAGCCAUGGCCGGAGUGGCCUCAGCUCAGCUGGCCAUCGACGGCAUCAGGUGUGGCCAGUUAACCUGUCAGCUCGAAGAGUACUGCUCCCCGGACACGAACAGAUGUGCACCCUGCAGCACAGUCUGCAACAAGACCGACCAUAACUACGACAGCGGCCUCUGCAUUAAGGAGUGUCAAGGAUAUCUACUCGACUUGAGAUACCUGCGUAGAACAGAAAACGUCCAACCACCUUCGGAUAUUAGUGGUGUCCAGCGACAAGCUCAGACUGCACUGAUCAUCAGUUGCGUCGCCCUGGCUGUUUUGAUACUGAUCCUCAUCAUCUUGUGUCGUGGCAAGUUGUCAUGGAGAUACAUCAAACAGAAAUUGCAGCCAUCUAAGAAUCGAGUCAAGCAGUAUCCCGCUGAUCUGACACACCACAACCCACAUGCAGAGAUGCCGAAACCGAAACACGACUUGAAACUAGAGAUCCGCAUUCCCGAACCGAAGAAGAACCCUCAACCUCUUAACGUUAGAGAUUUGGACACGAGGACACAAACAGAGAAGAGCCAAGGAGGUUCCACACCGAAGACUAUAAGCACCGCCAUAAGUAACAGACAUCCAGCGGAGGACACAACUUUAGAUUUUUCUUACGACAACAUGGGCAUGAACGUCACCCCUCCUGAACAGCCCACAGUCAGUCAAAGAUUCUGAGUACGGUUUGGAGGAGAAACUGUGAAUUACAUAGAUACUGUCAGCAGUACUGUUAGUGCUCAAAGUUGAUUAUAUAUUUACUUGUAUGUAUUAUUGGGAAUCUCCAAAUGGUGUUAUAGCAAUAUAUAUUUGAAAUGUUAAAGUUACUCUCAUUGCAUAAUUUGAAAUUAUUACUUUAUUAAAUGUUAAAAUUAUAAAUAGAUAAAUUGGUACUUGUUAUAUUGUAAAUAAAGUUCGCAAAAAUCAAUUACGGAUGUUUUGGAAAUAAUUUUGAUGAUCAUCUUAAGACACAGAAAAAAUAUUAUCU